CGUAUGCCAAAUUAGCUGUGCUAAGUCGCCUUUCCAUUGAGAAUGAAUUCCCUUAAUUUACGUGUAUCGUCAGUUAAAACUGGCGAAAAUAUAAGAAAGAACGCCGAGCUUCGUACAUCAAUAAUGCAAUUGCCCUCAAAAUAUUUGAAUUCAUCGGAGCCGACAAGGGGUUAUGUGCAGCACUUUGAGGGUGCCAAAACGAUACCUGAACAAGUUAAUGCCGUCAAAGAUAUCUACGAGAAAUCGAAAGACGAGCUAGCUUUGCAAUUUUUGGCUGACUUAUACUUUCAUGGUCCAUUGAAGCACCCGGUUAGAAACCAAAUAACAAAAUUACUUCAAAACAGCACAGCGACAUCAGAACAACAAAUUUUGGCUGCUCUAAAUUCAUCCAUUGCUGACUUGCUAGAAAACGUAAACCAACAGUCAUCUUCCCAUGAUUUAAGCAAGCUCAUCACGUCCUUAAGUGGAUGCUUCGAAAAUUUCCCUUUAGCCCUAAAAAGCUUACGGGCAAACAUUGAAUCUACAAUUCCAUUUCUAGUUACAUCACUGGGAAAAUUUAUGCAACAUAUAAAGUUACAAUCAUCUCCAUCUGCUAAGAAUGAGCUGUACUUGUUCAUUCACAACUUAGUCCGUUUCGCGCUCGCUUGCAUUCAAGAAUAUUUCGAUGUUCUCCCGGAGGACUCGAAGAAUCAUUUAAGCAAUUUUAAAAGCCCCGCCCACGAUCUCAUGUUAAAUGUGGAUAUGCCAAUGGAUUUGAAAACAAAUUGUGGGAUCCUUAUUGCGUACAUUGCCAAAAUCGAAGAUAAUUAUGCAGACCAUGUAUUUUCUGUUGCAGAACAGGAUCUGGAAUUAGACAAUAAUUGUCUGGUCCUCUGUCUAAAUAUUGGAGUCAUCAACACUAUCAAUUUUGAAGUAUUUAGAAAUAUGAAGGAUUAUAUAAGAAAAAUCGUGGAUAAAAUUUGCUUAAUAGCGAACAGGCAUUCAACGGAGCCGUCCAUGCUAUUAAGUGCGAGUAGAAUCCUGUUCCAAACAUCGAAGCUCCUUCUGUCGUUUGAAAUCACUAGAUUGGAACGAGAGACUGUUGCAUGCGUAUUAAGAGAGCUAACCCAAUAUGUCCUCUCAUAUUUGGAGCAUCACAUGGAUAGUGUCCGUCAUAUAUGCAAGGAUCUUAUUCGAAAUGUUAUAAAACUAAAUUCUAAGCUUAAAUUUACUGACCUUCAGGACGAAAUGCUUGAAUUUUGUAACAAAAAUGACACUCCGCAAUCUUUGAAGUGCACAGUUUUGAUUGCCAUAAGUAAUACAAUCGGCACUGCUGUGAUUUUGAAAAGGUUCCCUAACUUGCUCAAUGAUUUGGUUGCCAUUGGACUGGAUUCUGAUUUGAACGUUGCGAAUUGCUACGAAAAUCUGAUGAUUGCUCAUCACAAAGAAGUCGACUUUGAUAAGUGGAUAAACGUUUGGAUUAUGCCCCUGUUGCAGGUGGGCUCUAAGGACAGGCAUCUUUUAGGGGCAGUCGAAAUCCUAAUCAAUAAAGCAAUCAAAUGCGAUCCUGCAGUUGUAAAUAUUUUGAUUGAUAUCGAAAAUGACUUCAUUCCAUUAAGCACUCGCCUCUCAGCUCUGUGGACUGUCCGGAAAAAUGGUCUGCAAAGUAGAAGUUUUCAUAACAUACUCACAACUUUUGGAGACGUCCUAAAGGGUACAAUGAUUUCUAAUGAGGAUGACACUAAAAUUAUGGCUCUACGAUUAGUAGUCGAGAGUCAUAAAACUACGGAGCCGCUAUCUAAUGUGGAAUGCGAAACAAUUAUCGAGUUUUUGAAAUAUAAUUCGAACUGCCAGAGUCCGGCAAUUCGGCAGCGCAGUUUAGCAUUGAUAUCCAAGGGACUGUUACGGCUCAAAAUAAGCCUGGAGAAAGCCAACAAAGGAGAUAAAAGUGACAGAGAUUAUUAUCAACAGUACCUCAAACGAUUGAUCCGAAUUCUAGUCGAUAACUUAUUCCCAGGAGCUAAUUUUAGUCGUCGAUCAGUUUCGUUGUCGCUUCUAGAACAAAGCGUCAAAAUUGUUGUUGAUUGUUGUCCAAAUGUCGAAGGGUAUCUUCCGUCAAAUACUAUCCCUAAGCUCAUUAACGUGUUAAACGAUUCCUACGAAAGCAACAAAGCAAUAGCUAUUUCGAUACUGAAACUUAUUAUAAAGGACGAUUCACACCAGCUUCAACUGGAGACAGUAGAAAGUCUCAUGACGAGUGUUCGACCGACAGAUUCGUUAACUGCCGCUUACUACCUGGAAUUUUACUGCCUUCGAGCGAGACCCCUAGAAUUUUCGUACCAUUACUCGGAGAAUGCUAAACAUCCUGUGAUACUAUCCGCAUUAUUGUGGUGUAUACAAAUCCUAGAAAGUGGUUUAUCAUGCGCACAAAACUCAAUUAUCCUAGCUGCAAGAAACAACCCCCUAUACGGAGCUGUCCUCACUAUUCGACAUUUAGUAUCCAAACUAGAUUUGAAGGAAUUGGUGCAAGAUAUUCAGUGGCGGGAGGUUUUCACCAAAUUGAUAAAGCUCUGCAAAGCGCUGACCCAAGUAGUCGCCCCUAUUGUUAAUAGUUCUUCCCCCGAAGGACAUCUGCCCAACGACUUCAGUGAAAUUCCCGAAUACUUGGGCGCUGUAGAUGAUGAUAAUCAAUCGGAGAGGCGUCAGUGUAAGGUCUUAUCGUUAAAACAAGAAUAUAAGUCCGAGUUGCUGAAAACAACCCCACAAAUGGUCUUACUUUGUGCUUGGAGAACAGUCAAAGAAGUAUCACUUUUGCUGGGAGAAAUCGUCCUUCGAUCGCCUAUCAAACCAAGGUCCGAAGAAACAAGUGCAUAUCUUAUAACUAUAGAUCAAAUUAUAGAAAUUGGAGCGCAUUUCAAAGAACUUCUAUCCGAGACGAAACAUCGAGGAGCAUUCGAACAAGCUUAUGUUGGAUUUUCGAAGGUUUGCACUCGACUAUGGAGAACAGAACAUUCCGAAUUGUACAAACUCCCGAUGAUCUGGCUGAAUGAACUGAUCGACAUAAUCUCCAAGGACGAAAAAAUCAACGAGAAAAUCUGUGCAACACGUCGAAGUGCCGGGGUCCCAUUCAUGGUCCAAGCCUUGAUCACGUCAGAACUUCAAGUAGGCACAACAAAAGCUCUUACAUAUUGCAUGAAGCACUUGAUUUCCCUGUGCUCGGAUUCAGAUAAAAGCACCGAGUCGAGAACUCAUGCGUUGAACAUUCUACGCGCACUGUUCAGGUGUUCAGACUUGAAUGAAGCUGUCGGUGAAUAUAUCGCUGAUGGAGUCAUGUGCGCUAUUCGUGGGUACUCAGCUAAUACCUGGGCUGAACGGAAUUCUUCAACACUUUUGUUUUCUGCGUUGAUAACUAGAAUUUUUGGUGUACAACGGACGAAAGAUUGGGAAAAUUUAACGAUACGUAAUCGAAUGACUGGAAGGAUAUUCUUUUUGAGAUAUCCUCAGUUGUAUGAUUUUUUCUUGGUAGAACUUAAGGAAGCCAGUCUUUGCAUACAGAGGAAUGAAAGACCGGCGAAACUGCAUCCGCUGUUGUUGAUUUUGAGCAGAUUGUAUCCAUCGGCAUUGGAAGGAACGGAAUCAAAUCUUAAGAUCUCAUCAUUCAUUGAAUAUGUUUCGAUAUGCUCUGGGAGCGCUGAGAUGACCACACGAGUAUUGACUGCCAGAGCAAUCGUGGCAUUUAUGACGCUCGAUAUAAUUGAAAGCAGAAUUUUCGAAGUUUUUGAUCAUAUUCAGAAUCAAAUUGAACAUGAAAAACACAAUCAAAAUUACGUUCAUGGUCUACUGCUUCAAGUACUCUAUAUGCUGAAGAGUCACAAAAACUUACCAAGCGUACAUUGCUUCCGAAUUAUUGAUAACAUAUCGAGGCUGAGUUCAGUUUUAAAACCGAACCCGGUGACGUGGAGAGUUUGUUUGGAUAUAAUGCUUGAAGUAUUAAGAAGAUAUGAGUCGUUAUCUAUUUUUUCGGACCAAACACAAUCGAACCUUAUGUGCAUGUCUCAAGUGCAACAAAUCUAUAGCACUCAAUUUAGCAAUAUUUAUCCGGUAUUCAGAAAGUCAUUAUUCGUCUAUAAUUUGUAUAUGGUGAAGCUAAUAUCAUGCGAAGGACUCCUACAGUUUUUAGUAAGGAUCUUCGAAACAAUCACAUCCUUAACAUAUGAAGAUGUGGAGACAUGUUUGAAUGUGGUCCUACUCAUAGUUUCCAACCAAGAUGACACUCAAAUCGCAUCAAUCUAUGAAUGUGGCGAUAUUGAAAUGCAUUUCAUGAAAAGUUUGGACUCAAAGCACAUUGAAGUGCUUAGAGAAGGAUUCAAGUCCAACGAGGCCUUACAAAGUAGUUUAAAUGCAAUUUGCAACGAUCGACGAUUCUAUCCAGAAUGUACAAAAAAGGCGUAUGCAAUUUUAAGUCAACUUCCAUCUAAAGAUAUAGAUCUUAAUCAAUUUAUUACAAUUGCUAAGCAAUAUCCUGAUGAUGUCAAGGACUCAAUGGCAAAAUGUUUGGAGUCGUAUAUUGCGAAAAAAGCUUUAACGAAUGAGGAGCUGGAAAUGUGUUUGGAAUUUAUAGAGAAGUUGUCCUUGCCUUGGAAUUCGGAUAUGUUGAGGCUUACUGCAGCAAACUUGGUACGCCUUAUAGCUGACAGUAUUUUCACAAAUAUUGAGAAAUUCCAACCGAAAAUUCUGGUCCAAAUUGUCAACAUCCUUUUGUGCCUUCUAAACGAUGACGAUUCCGAUGUUCGAGACCAUGUUUGUGGAACUGUUGCAGCUUUAGCAAAGAUCGAAAUGGAUAAUAUUUCGGCAUCUUAUGCACCAAUUGUGCUUAUCAACUACCUCAGUGAAAUUUUAAAAUCUAGCAAGGAUACAGGUAUCACAAAGCAGGUUAUCGAAGGAAUACUCUCCGCUCAAAAUGAGGAGAUUCAAUCGGGACAACAAGUUGAUGACAUGGACGACACUGGAGAAGUUUUCGAUAAAAAUGAAGCAAACGUAUUUGCUGAGCCAUAUAAGACUCUUGUGGAUUCAGUUCAAACAUUUAGGAAGCGUUUUCAAAGUGACAAGGAUAUUUUAAUGUAUAUUGACUCGCUCGGUGAAAAGUAUUUAGAAGAUAAGAUUGCUAGUAGUUAGGAGUAUUUAGGAUUGAAAGACAGUUAUGUAUAUAUUUGUAUUUAUAAGAAAAAGUAUUAGAAAUAAAUCUAUUUUCUCAAUGUAAA